CAAAAAAUCUAUUUAUGGGUCAGUCAAAAGCACCGAACCACCAAGAGAUCAGCACCACUUUCUUGGCGCAAACUAGAGUUUCCACAUAAAGUUGGUACUAUAUUGGUGAUAGUUGGUAGGUCAUGGUUAAGAGAAAAGAGAGAAAUAAAACGUAUAUAAGGAGAGUGACCCCCCCCGUCCCAAACUUUUUUUUUUAUUGUUCCUCAUUAUCUAAAUUUCCAUUUUUCGACUUUUCGAUAACCUUUCCAUUCGCUUAUAAUGAAGUUCUCCACCGUCUCCGCCGCCGCCUUGUUGGCCCUUGCUUCUUCCGUCUCUGCUGACGAUGUUAACGUUUGUUACAUUACCGCUUUGAUCGGUGACAUCAAGGCUAACUUGAACAAC